AUGCCUGACCCGUCAAAGACACUCGAAACAAUUCCUGGCGCCCCCUUGCCAAAUCACAACGCCUACAGCCUCGUCGUUCGAUCAAGUGGCGAAACAAUCCACAUCGCAGGCUGGAUGGGCGAUGAUCCCGAAACAGGCAAAAUAGUGGAAGGGGGAGUUGAAGCGCAGGCAGUUCGUCUUCUUCUCAACAUCCCUCCCUCCGCCGCGUCCUGACACUCUCACGCUCCAGGAUCAAGCGAUGCGUAAUAUCCGCACUUGCCUCCUCGCAGCGGACUCCUCGAUGGAUAAAAUCGUCAGACGAAGAUUGUACUUCCUCGACAUCAAAAAAGACUUGAAGACGGUUAUGGAUGUGUGGAAUCGAUACGUACCGAAACCGGGACCUGUGAGCACGGCUAUGCAGAUCUCGGGGUUGGCCAAGGAGGGAGCUUUCGUUGAGAUUGAAGUUGAUGCUGAGGCGUGA